AUGGGCGGUUCGACAAUGAAGACAGCAAAAGUUUGGAAAUAUUUUGAUCAACUUCCCUCUGAAGAACAAGCUGCUGAAUGUCGUAUUUGCUGUAAGCGUAUUAAAGCCACAAAUAGCAGUACUACCGGGAUGAUUCGACAUUUGCGUAGUUGCCACGUUAAUGAAUAUAAGUUGCUUCAAGAAGCACGACAAAGUGGACUGGUAGCAAAACAAGAGGAAAAAGCUCGUGCUGUGUUGGAUAAGCAACAAAUUGAUAUGCAGAAACCAAAAUUGACUGUCCAUUCUAUAAACAGUAUUAUAGCUAACCACUUUCAGUCCCCCUUGGCCUCCAAUUCUCAGUCAUGUUCUGUCCCGCAAGCGGAGGGACCUGCGUUGAAAAAGAUUAAAUAUGAGGACUGUAGUGCAAUUGAUCUGUCUACUUCUCGAAGGUCAAGUGGUAAUGAAUUCACGCAUGCCAGUCUAACCCCAGAAAAAAGCAAGAAAGCAAAGGAAGGUGUUUGGCCAGACGAUCAUCCAGAAGCGAAAAAAAUCACUAAUCAGAUUGGAUUAAUGAUGUUGUUGGAUGGGGAGACGCCAUCGGUCGUUGAUCGAGCAGGAUUCCGCGGUUUGAUGAGGCUGCUUCAACCACGGUACUGCAUGCCAACGGGUGAUACUUUCCAGAAGACUAUUAUACCUGAGCUAAUUGGACAGCUCAGAGCGGAUUUCACUAUGUUGCAGCAAGAACUAUUACAGAAUAGGGCGGCUCGAGAAGCAGCUAAAGCUCAGCUACCAGGAUUUUGCCCAGAAGCUAAUAUACUGACGUCGAGUGCGCCAAGCUUUGCACCUGAACAGAGUGAUUUGGAGCGUGUAGUUAUGAAUUCGAUCCGUUGUGCGCAAAACAUAUCGCAAAGUUUCUCACAUAGUAUCCAACUUGGCGAAGAAGAAGCUCCUUCGAAUCCAGCAGAUGUUGAUUCGGCAUUACCAGCACGAAUUACAGCUUUUCUUGAACACAUUGGAAAAUACGUUUUUCCACAGGCGGAAUUGAUUGACAUUGUUACUCGUUGCCACACAGUAGUGCAACAUUUGGAAGUAUGUCGCGAUUUACCAGAUUCCCUCAAAUCACCUCCUCGGUCUAAGGAUUUGGCUGCUUGUGUUGAUUUUGUCCAAAAGAACUUGGACGCCAUCCACACCCAUCACAGUACCUGCCCCUUUCCAUCGUUUGUACCGUUUUCAACAGACGAAACUCAAUUUUUGUCGGAUCUCAAUGCGCAUAUUCAUUCUAUCUGA